ACACCUUAUCAUAUUCUGUAUUAAAUGUGCGACUGGGACCAAUCUUCAUUCGGUCGAAGUGUCAGCUGCGAGGGAUAACUGUUAGUUGGGAAAUAUGAGUAGAGACAACUCGCCUCUGCGUUUAAUACGCGAACUCCUGUGGACUCUUCUGGUAGUUAACUUCGAGAUCUUGCGCGCUAUCUACCGAUGGUUUGUGCCGGCUGAGCGUAAGGAUGUCGCCGGGCAGGUUGUACUGAUCACAGGUACGGGUCAUGGCAUGGGCCGUGAGAUGGCGCUGCGGUUCGCACGACUAGGAGCUAAGGUGGUCUGCGUCGACAUCAACGCCAAGAACAACGAGGAGACUUACAACAUGAUAUUAGCCGAGAAAGGAAAAGCUUAUAAAUACGUUUGUGACGUAACGGACCGCGCGGCGGUGCUGCAGCUGGCUGAGCAGGUCCGUCGGGAAGCGGGUGACGUGUAUGUGCUGGUCAACAAUGCGGGCAUCAUGCCCUGCAAACCGAUCACCGAACAGACCGAGAAAGAGAUCCGGCUCAUGAUGGACAUCAAUGUUAAUGCCAAUAUAUGGUGUAUUCAAGCUUUCCUGCCAGCGAUGAUCGAGCGUAACCAUGGUCACAUCGUGGCGAUGUCGUCUAUGGCGGGUCUGAUGGGCAUCCGUAACUUAGUGCCCUACUGCGGUUCCAAGUUUGCUGCUAGGGGCAUCAUGGAGGCCCUCGCUAUCGAAGUGAGAGACGACCCCAGGGAUACCAGUGGAAUCCACUUUACGACAGUUUGCCCAUACAUCGUGAACACAGGACUGUGCCACAAGCCUCGCAUCCGCUUUGAGAACGCCAUGAAGGUUGUCAAUGCUGACGAGGCGGCCGACAUGAUUGUUGAUGCUGUGCUCAGGAAUAUCAUGGAGAUUACUAUACCUCCUGAAUUGCAUUAUAUGAAUCGGUACAUUUACCGGCUUCUCCCGUUUCCCGCGGCCGCUGCUUUCAACGACUUUUUAGACACCGGUGUCGAUGCUCACGACUGAAUUCUGUUUAGAUAAAUUUUACAUUUUUC